AUGUCUUUCACGUCUUCUGACAUCGUCUUCGUUACCGGUGCCAAUGGCCAUACCGCACAACGUAUAGUGGAUCAGUUACUUGCCAUCCCCAAUGGCCCCAAGGUCCGCGCUUCAGUUCGUUCCGAUGCUUCCGGAUCUGUAAUUCGUGAACAUUAUCCGGAACAUACCUCUAGCGGUCGUCUUGAAGUCUCCCAGGUCACUGACAUCCAGGACCCAAACUCCUUCGACACCGUCAUGCAAGGUGUUACACAUGUUGCCCACAUUGCGUCGCCUUUUGUGCUCCAAGUCGAGGACAUCGAAAGGGAUCUCUUGAAGCCCGCAAUCGAAGGCACAAGAGGCGUUUUAAAGGCAGCACUGAAGCAGCCAACGAUCAAGAGCAUCGUAGUUACCGGCUCUUUCGCAACCAUUGCUGACGCAAAGGGUGGUUAUCGUACAGGCUAUACGUACACCAACAAGGAUUUCAACCCAAUUACCUACGAAGAAGCGAAGGACCCCAACCUGGAUAUGACGCAAUUUCCCGAACUACAUCGUCAUUUCGCCCGCUACAUGGGUUCGAAGAGGUGUGCUGAAGCGGCCAUGUGGGAGCUCUACGAAAAGGAGAAGCCAUCAUGGACGCUGAACACCAUCAACACGGCAUGGGUCGGUGGACCGUACGUUCUGCCGCUCCCAAGCAUUGCAAAGGCCAGCACCAGUACCGGCUUCUUGUACGGUCUCGCGACUGGAGCGAACAUACCACCGCAAGAAUGGCCGACCUGGAUUGACGUUCGAGACGUGGCAAAGGCGCAUAUCAAUGCGCUGCAGAAGCCCCACCUCAACAAGACUAGGAUCUUGAUCGGUGGCCACAGGAUAGGAUACGAUCAGAUCGCUGACAUUGCUGCCAAAAUUCCGGGUGCAACACCCUCGCAGACCAGGAAUAAUUUUGACAUGGAAAAGUUGUUCUACAUUGACAACUCUUCUGCCGAACUAGUCGACAUCAAGGAGUCGGAUCUUGUUCCAGUCGAACAAACAGUGGUUGAGACGAUUAAGUAUUUCCUGGACCUCGAAGGGAAGAGCAAAAUUAGGGGAUGUGCCACUCCACACCAAAUCGGUGGGCUCAAGUCACUAUCUGCCGGUGACGUGGCGAAGGUGCCAGGCUACGAACGCAUCAGCGAAGAGAGUCGAGAGCAACUGGCACUUGCUUUGGAAGAGGGCAAGGUGAUCGACAAGGAGUUCAAAGAUAUUCGCCCGGAUCUUGUGAAGACCUACCAAGGUGAGAUUCGAGAUGCCAUCGGUUACAAGGUAGAAGUCACGCCCUCGGCUAGGGCAGGCUGCCGUGCAGCUGCUUGCAAAGACCUAGGCAUCAAGAUUCAGAAAGGUGAACUUCGCUUGGGUAUACUGAGACCGUUCGAUGGCGAACAUGUGUCGUUUGUGUACAAGCAUUGGAAAUGCGUAUCGGGUUACGAUCUCUCUUCGAUCGAAAACUACACGCAAGACGAGUCACUCGGUGGCAUCGACAGCCUGCCAAAGGACUACAAGGCUGCUGUGAUGGAAUCUCUUGAGAAGGGCGAGGUUGUAGUGCCAUCAGAAUCGAGCGUACCAGCCCUGGCGAAGAAGUCCCGCGCCAAGAAGAAGAGAACAGCAGAUACAGACGAAGAUACCAAUGCUGAAGAGGCAGCCCCCAAGAAGAGGUCGCGCAAGGGGAAACCGAAGGCAAAAGCAGCAGAUGAUACCGCCACUGAAGAGGCGGCUGCCAAGAUCAAGGCCCAGGAGGAGAAGACGACAGACGAUGCAGAGACGUACACUAGUACCGAGGAGGCGACUCUCGGUAAAGCUUCUGGGAAGAUGAAGACGGAAAAUGCAGAUCAAGACGUCAGCAUUCGGAAGAGGAAGACGAAGGACACGGGCGAUACCACCAGUACUAAAAAGGUGACCCUCGAGCAGAAGUCGGGAAACAAGAAGAACCAAGCCGAAGAUGAAGGCUCCGAUGCUGAGGAGAGCGAACCAGAGACUACGGUCCAAGCCCCGAAUCCCAAGAGGCGCAAACUAGUCAACAGCAAGUAUAUGCCAGCAGAGCGGCGAGCCAUGGAGAAGCGCGGCGCGGAGACUGUCGCGAAACCUGGCGAUGACAUCGACGGAACAGGAACCACUCCACUAAGGAGGAGUGCCCGACAGUCCGCUCGUGCCGCUGCCGCCAUCAAGGAGCAGAUGGGCAAGUCUACACCCAGGCAGUCCAAGCGCGACCAGAACAAUAAGGCUGCUUCUGGUGACGAGAGUGCCGCAGAGGAGAUGGCAGACACGGUGCUCGAGGAGGAUAAGAAGCGUGAGGCGGUUGCAGGUGGUACUCCUACCAAGAAGAGCCGCAAAGGCAAAGCCAAGAAGCGUGUGUCCAAGAAGAAGGGCGACCAAACGGCUGCUGCUACUGCUUCUGCGGACGUCGAGGACAAGACCGGAGAGGAAACCGGCGAAGCUAUACCCAAGACGACAGGCUCCCACGAGGUGCGCGCUCCAGGCAACCCAAUUGUGGUGGGAGAGGAAGUCGCGGCUUACUUUAGCUCUGGGCCCUACGAUGCCGAUACAUACAUCGCAGAGCUUAGGGCGUUCAUGCGGGUUCACGCCGCAAGGAGGGCCAUUUGGCGCUACUAG